AUCCCAGCCUCCCUCUCUAGAUAUCCAACCCACUCCUCUCCGCCCGCAAACGGUUCAUACGGUAAGAAAAAAAGAGAACUGUUUCAAACACGUCGACAUAAAUAUAACUACUCGAGCUCCCUUUUAUUUCCCCUCGUCCUCCCGACGGACUUCAGUACUUUUAUACAUUCAGAUCUCCUAUGCCAGAGACCACUCAGAAAGCACGGAUUUUUUCCUCCUGAGCAUGAGAAGGAUUGCCAAAUCAUCCGCAAUCCAACAUCACCGACUGAGACACCAGCAUGAGCCCUGGAUACAUAUGCUCCAGCAGAAGUUGUUGGCUAGAGAAUUAAGAAAUCUUGGAGCACAAAUACAGCAAAGAGAGGAGAGUCAGUUUUAGGUCUCCACAUAAUGGAGUGAGAAUGAACAGAGAGCGGCUUAAAAAAAAGCAUGAACUGGAGGUUUAUUGAGGUCAUCUGCUUCCUGUUUAUAUGGGACCAUAUAACAGUUCAGUCUACUCGCCAGGACCUAUUGGCUGCUGAACAACAUGUCACCAAGCAAUAUGACUGGCUCAUCUCUGACCGUGGACCUUUCCACCACUCUCGGAGCUAUCUGUCCUUUGUGGAAAGAUUCCGCCAAGGAUUUACAACCAGAUAUAAAAUUUAUAGGGAAUUUGCACGUUGGAAGGUGAGAAACACUGCAAUUGAGAGAAGGGACCUCAUCCGGAACCCCGUGCCACUCAUGCCUGAGUUCCAGCGCAGUGUACGCUUGCUGGGCCGAAGACCCACCACUCAGCAGUUUAUUGACACUAUCAUAAAGAAAUAUGGAACCCACAUUCUCAUCUCAGCCACCUUGGGAGGAGAGGAGGCUCUGACCAUGUAUCUGGCCAAGAACAAGCUGGAUAGGAAGCUGGUCAAUGCUACCCAGAAUGUUGAAGCCCUCCACCAGCUGGCAUCAUCCUACUUCAUUGACCGCGAUGGCACAAUGAGGAAGCUGCAUGAGAUCCAGAUCUCCACAAAUGCCAUCAAGGUGACAGAGACACGGACAGGGCCUCUGGGAUGCAGCAGCUAUGACAAUUUGGACUCAGUUAGCUCGAUCCUCCUGCAGAGCCCUGAGAGCAAGCUUCAUCUGCAAGGCCUUCAGGUCAUAUUCCCAGAAUACCUGCAGGAGAAAUUUGUCCAGUCAGCUCUGAGCUACAUCAUGUGCAAUGGAGAGGGGGAGUAUGUGUGCCACAACAACCAAUGCAUCUGUCAGUGCGCUGACGAUUAUCCCCAGUGCAACUGUCCCAUCACUGACAUCCAGAUCAUGGAAAAUACCCUACUGGUGAUGUCUGAGUCCUGGGCAAGCUCUUAUAAAGAUUUUGAAAGCUCUGAUGAGUUCAAGUCGUUCCUGAAGAGACUCCCAUCCACUCACUUUUUGCCCAUCAGUAGUGUGCAUCUCCUUUGGGGCAGCGACUGGGACCUGCAGGCACGUUACAGACUCCUUCAGAGUUCCCUGGAGAUCCAACGGCUCAAGAUCCAACGAACCGCCCGCAAGCUAUUUAGCCUCAGCAUCCGUUGUCUACACAAUCCCAGCCACCACAUGCCAAGAGAAAGGUCUGUGAUGCAGUGGCUCAACAGGGUUCAAUCCUUCCUGUACUGCAAUGAGAAUGGGUUCUGGGGUACCUUCCUGGAGAGCCAAAAGGCAUGUGUGUGCCACACAGGUGCAACUCUGUGCCAGCGACCAAUCCCAUGUGUCAUAGGUGGCAACAACAGCUGUGCCAUGUGCAGCCUGGCCAACAUCUCACAAUGUGGCUCCUGUAACAAGGGCUACAAGCUGUACCGUGGCCGCUGUGAGCCCCAGAAUGUGGACUCUGAACGUAGUGAGCAGUUCAUAAGUUUUGAAACUGACCUUGAUUUUCAGGACCUGGAACUAAAAUACCUGCUGCAAAAAAUGGAUUCAAGGUUGUACAUACAUACCACUUUCAUCAGCAACGAGAUCCGGCUGGAGACAUUCUUUGACCCAAGAUGGCGCAAGCGCAUGUCCCUGACUCUUAAAAGUAACAAAAAUCGAAUGGACUACCUCCACAUGAUCAUCGGUUUGUCAAUGAAAAUCUGUCAGAUGCGAAAUAGCAGUAUUGAUCCCAUGUUUUUUGUGUAUGUCAACCCUUUCAGCGGCAGCCACUCAGAAGGCUGGAGCAUGCCCUUUGGCGAACAUGGUUAUCCACGAUGGGAAAAAACACGACUGCAGAACUCACAGUGCUUCAACUGGACUCUUCUUCUGGGUAACAGAUGGAAGACCUUCUUUGAAACAGUGCACAUUUACCUGCGCAGCCGUGCUAAGGUUCCGACUGGCCUCCGGAAUGAUACAGGACAGGGUCCAGUGGAUCUGGCAGACCCAAACAAGCGACAGAUCUACAUUAAGAUUUCAGAUAUCCAGGUUUUUGGUUAUAGUCUGCGGUUUAAUGCUGACCUGUUGCGCAGCGCCGUGCAGCAGGUUAACCAGUCAUAUACACAAGGAGCUCAGUUCUACUCAUCCUCGUCUGUGAUGCUACUGCUGUUGGACAUUAGGGAUCGGAUUAACCGCUUAGCACCCCCUACUUCACCUGGCAAACCACAACUGGACCUCUUCUCUUGUAUGCUGAAACAUAGGCUGAAGCUAAACAACAGCGAGAUGAUACGAGUAAACCAUGCCUUGGACAUGUACAGUACAGAGAUACUCAAACAAUCGGACCACCUGACUACAAAACUAUGUUGAGCAUAACAUUAAUAUAAGAACAGUAAUCAACAGAGAAACAACAAACUAAUUAACUAUGAGGGAAUGUUAGUCAUAUUUUUGUUCGCUUUUCUUUUUUGACCUUUUCUGCCUUUUGAUGUAUUAUUAACUUUGUAAGUAUAAUUCUUAAAAAACAAGAAAAGGGUAAAGAUGAAAAGCUUUUCUGGCAGAUAAAAAAGAUCAAUUGAAACUCUAUAUGGACUGUAUCAUAUUUGUCCCAGCAUGUCUGUAAUUUCCUUAAAGAACCUUGAAAGGAACAAGUGGAAAAAAGAAAACAUCGAAUCUAUGUACUGGAGGAAAAGGAGGCCUUGAUUUUAACAUAAGGGAUCAAAGAUUGCAUCUGAAACUGCCAUUCUUUCUUCAGAAAAAAAAUCUGACAUUUUUAAAGGUACAAAAAAACACAAGGGCAGACCAGACAUCGGUUUAUUUCACUGGAUGGGGAAAGUAUUUCAAACAUACCAGACAGUUUAGAAUAAAAUAUUUAUACAUUCUAAUUAAUUAAAUGCUCUAGUGAAUAAGUAGUCAUUACAUUUUUUACAUUUAAGAGCCAACAGGAAAUCAGCAUUGCUUUUAGAAAGGUAUUUAAAACUGUCCUUGUUCUGAAAUAUGAGGCACAUGACAGGGCAGUAAUGAAGAGUCAUGAUAAAAACAAAAGCCAGCUGUUUAUAUAUACAUACGUGUGAUUGAAUGUGUGUGAAUGUGUCUGUAAACAUCUUUUUUGCAUUAAUGCUUAACACUUUGUUAAUUGAAUGUGUCAUAUGAGAUUGACCCCUCGUCUCUGUUCUAUCUUGCAUUUUGAAUGCUCCCCCUCAUUCCCUUAUGAAACGCCAGCUUUUUGCUUGUUUUUUAUUUUUUUGGUUUUCAAAAAAAAAAAAACAGUACAGUAUACCUCCCGGCGAGUGAACGCAAUAUUGUGGUCUGAAGAUUAUAACAAUCAAUGCUAUUUUGUACAGCUUUGCAAAAUGUACAUGAGACUGCUGAUCUGUGGAGCUUUUCAGCACUGAGAGCAAAACGUAAACAUUCAUCAUUCAGGCACAUUUGCAAGACAACCGAAAGCCAUACACUUUCCUGAGGUAGACAUACAGUAUGUCAUGAAGCUCACUCUGUACCUGUUCCAUGUGUAUGUUUUUGUUCAACAACUUCAAGUGAUUUCAGACAAGAGCACAGCAAAAAGAAAAAUGGCGAGUGGAGACAUAACAUGUUGAGUGAAAUUGUGUUGUUAAAGCCAUUUAACUUGUAUUUUGUGCUGCAGGAAAAAUAAUAAGAAAAAAAUCUUAUAUUAAAGCUUAUAAUACCUUUUGAAAGUGUUACUCUGUAAGCUUUUUAUGACCAUGUGUAAAAAAUUCUCUUUAUGUUUUAAGCUAUGAAGUUCAACAUUUUCUGCAUGUUGCUGGCAGUAUAAAAAGAGCUGUGACUGUGUUUUAACUCAGUCUUUAACAUAAAGCACUACCUAUGUAUUAAUGGUCAGAUUUCAUUUUAAUAAUUCAAUGCUGAAACGCCUAUAAUGUGGUUGAUAUUUGCAGGUGGGCCCCUCUACUGAAUGCUCACUACAAAAACAAGCUUAGUGUGUUAUUCUGUUGUGUUUUUAUUUUAUUUUUUUAUUUUUUGAGCAUCACACAAAAAAUAAAGACACUAAACAACGUUGUCCCCUUAAACACAAAUUAGAAGCCCUUUUUGAGUAAAAUGUACCAGCCCUGAAAUUGUUCUCAUAUAUUUGAAAACCACAAUUUUUCCAGUAAAUCCUAUAUGUAAGUUUUUUGUUGUGUUGUUAUUAAUUUCAUGUCUAGUAAUCUCAUGAUGUGUAUUUUUUGUGAUGUAUUUCCUUGUCCUCUUCAUCAAAAACUGCUCUUGUCUUUGUGAAACAAGUCUUGAUAAAAAAAAAAAAAAAGAUUCAAGACAGAUGUGCAAACCCCCUUGUGUUGUGAAGGACUCAAUGCAAACAACAUUAAAAAUUGGAAUUCCAAAACAUUUGAUAAAAUAGGUUUUGGGAAUUCCAAUUUUAACUGAUUUUAAUACAUUAAACAAACAAACCACAGCCUUUUCUUGAUUUAUCUAGAUUUUUCUUCUAGAAUGAAUCAAAGGCAAUCAUCUCUGGCUUGGCGUCAUUGUGAUUUUCCUAAUUAUCUUUUUGUUUUUGUUACUGUUACACCCGCCAUGUGUCUAUGUUAAAGCACUUUUACUUCUUAAGUGAUCUUAGUAAGAAGGUACUUGCUUAUUUGGUAAUUGUUGAGCAACAAAUUGAAACUAAAAUCCGGUUUUGGGUUAAAAUGUGCAAUAUGAUUUAAGAAAACUGUUAAAUAUAAAUUUACAUUGGAAACCUAAUCAGGAUCCCAUUCAGAAAGCUGUUAGCAACAGUGUUAGGAUGGAGUUCUAAAAUAUAGGUUAUUAUUGGCUAUUUUUGGACUCUUUCCUUAUUUUGUUUGCAAGUCAAUCCAAAUACAAGCACUGUGUCUCAAUUAACAUACUUCCAUGUUACACUUUCUUACUUGUGCCCAUUAGUGAAUUUCCACUAAAAGAAGCAGUCUGGCAGUGUGUCCUGAUAAAGUCACUGGAGCAUGAAUAGUUUCAUAUAAUCACCACUGAUUGUCAUUUACUUGGUUAUAAAAGAACAGGCAUAACAAAGCUGCUGCAAUAGUUGCCAUUAAUUGAAAGUACACGUGUUGUAGUAUUACUUGAAACUCAUGCAUGUUAAGCUAUUGUCUUCAUUGUAGUUUUAAUGUAGGUGUAUGGUCAAAGGUUUAACAUGUCUGCAAAAUGCUGUAACCAGUGUGACAAUCAUGGUCAACAUUGCAUUUUGCUUUUAUCCCCAAGUCAUAAAAGGAACUCAUUUAAGAAGCUACCUUGACAAAUUGCACUCACAAUGUAAAGAUAUGAAACGUGUAGAUGAUUUAUUCCUACAAAAAUUUAAACAUUGAGACACAGUAAAAAGUCAAACUUGUUCACUAAUUGGCCACGGAAGUGCAUGCCAUAUUUAUUCAGUGUCAGUAAUGGACUAUCCAAAUGAACUGUUACUUUAUUAUUAUUAUUAUGAUUAAGUGCCUGUUAUCAAUCCCUUUAAAUAUGUUUAAAGCUGGAAAAAUGACGUUUUACAAAAGGAAUAACACUUAUUUAGUUUAAUUAUUUAGGAUCAUUAAUGUAGAUCAAAUAUAUUGUUUUUUCUGUCCUACAAAAGACAACACCAUAAAAAGAGGCUUGUGCAUGAGGAGGUGACUAACCACCAGACAGAGACAACAGAUAACUCAAAAUGAUGGUGGAUAUUUCUGUCCUCUGUUGUACAAUAUAUUUGUAAAUAGAAUCUCUAUUACAGUAAUAAUGCUGUGCUACAGUAACACUAUCAUAAAAGAUCAAUGCUGAAAGGAAAUACAAAGAUUAUUUCAAAAAAUGCCCUCCAAGUACAUUAGCACAAACUAUGGGGCACCAAUGUGUUAUAUACCUGAUUAGACUCAUGACCACCUAUGACUGUUUUAUAUGAUAAACAUACUGUAUACUGCAAUUUAGUUUAAGCCACUUGCAAGGUCCAUAAGACAAGCACAUUUACUUGUAUGGCAUUUUGCUACAAAAGUGUUGCUUUCUGUACAUGUAUCCAUAAAUAUGUCUGAGCAUUUUUACACCUAAUAACUUGCUUAUGUAUGAUUUUUUUUUUCUUUUUUUGGGAUUAUUAUUAUACCAUCUAAUUUUAAAUGAAUGUUUCAUAUAAU